GAAGAAGAAAAGAGCUGAAAAGGGGUUCUUCUUCACACACAAACACACAGCGAGUUUUGUGAUCUGAACACCAAAACCUCAUCAUCGUCAUAAUCAUGCCGAAGGAACAUGCAAACUGGUCUCCAUACGAUAACAAUGGAGGAACUUGUGUGGCGAUUGCUGGUGCCGAUUACUGUGUGAUUGCAGCGGAUACUCGGAUGUCCACCGGUUACAGUAUUCUCACCCGAGAUUACUCCAAAAUCUGUAAAUUAGCGGACAAAAGCUUCAUGGCUUCUUCAGGAUUUCAGGCCGACGUGAAAGCACUUCAAAAGGUUCUGGCUUCAAGACACCUGAUUUAUCAACACCAGCACAACAAACAGAUGAGUUGCCCUGCAAUGGCUCAGCUUCUCUCAAACACCCUCUACUAUAAGCGUUUCUUCCCAUAUUAUGCCUUCAAUGUUCUAGGUGGCCUUGAUAGUGAAGGGAAGGGAUGUGUCUUCACAUAUGAUGCCGUUGGGUCCUAUGAGAGGGUUGGAUACAGUGCUCAAGGUUCUGGCGCCACACUCAUCACUCCAUUCCUGGACAACCAACUUAAAUCCCCGAGCCCUCUUCUGUUGCCUGCAAAGGAUGCUGUCACACCGCUUUCAGAAGCUGAAGCUAUUGAUUUGGUGAAGACUUGUUUUUCAUCAGCAACAGAAAGAGAUAUAUACACGGGAGAUAGUGUUGAAAUUGUAAUCUUAAAUGCUCAUGGUGUUCGCAGCGAACAUGAACAACUCCGCAAGGAUUAGUAACCACAAACUUUCUGAAGAUUGUGAUUCAUCUUUGCAGGUUUCUUGUCGUGUUUUUAGUUCCUUUCCCAAACCGAGCUUAAAACUGUUUAUUAGAUUACGAUCGUGUUUAAACCCUUUUGAAUAUUUGAGAUCUUGGAUUUAUAUUCACAUGGUCUUUUUCUGUUGCUGAAU